AUGAAGAACUGGGCAGACGCACUCCGCAAAUUUAACGAAGGCAAACCCCAUAAAUCACCAGCUGAAAAUGAUAGAGAAGCUGACAUUGAAUUCCUUAAAUUACUUGAGGAGGAGAAGCAGCUUGAAGAGGAAAAGAACCCAACAUAUAAAAACAUCCCUAGGUUUUUCUAUAAAAAGCCCAAUAAUGAGUAAUCGCUGUACUAUAGAGUAAGACAAGAAGCAAGAACCAGGUUUCUCUAAAAUAAAACAGCUGAGGUACUCGAUAAAGAAGACCUAGAAUAGCUAUGGUACUUAUUGAAGGAGCACAUUUCACUCCCCGAAGAUAAUACUGAGAGAAUAAACUAUGAUCAAUUCGUUUAUGUAUCCAGCUUGCUUCCUCCCAAAUGCAGAUAAUUUUUCACUAGCUCAACGUUUUUGAAAUUUGAGAGAGAUGAAUAUGGAAGAAUAGAAAUAGUUCCCUUCUUCCAUUAUGUUGUCAGAAAAGUUAAUCUAUUCCAAACUAGAAUUCAGAUAUCGCUCUAUGAUAGUUCGGGCUAUGGGUAUCUCAAAGAAAAAGAUCUAGAGAAUUAUAUUUUUGAGUUGAUGCCUACAUUCCCUCAACUUUAAAACCUUUAGGAGACCUUUUACCCCUUCUAUGUUAUCACAGCUGUGAGAAAAUUCUUUUUUUUCCUUGAUCCAAAGCGCACAGGAAAGAUUCUAAUUAAAGACAUGCUGACUUCUCCCAUCUUGGCUGAGCUUUAUGAGUUAAGAUAAGAAUCACUAAACAUGGAUGAUGCAUUGUAAAAUUGGUUCUCAGUUCAAUCAUCACUGAGAGUAUAUGAUCAAUACCUGAAACUUGAUCAAGAUAAGAAUGGAAUGCUCAAGAAAUACGAAUUAGCUAAUUACUCUAAGGGCCUAACUAAGAUCUUCAUUGAUAGAAUCUUUGAAGAGUAUUAGACCUUUGAGGGUGAAAUGGAUUACAAAACAUUCCUAGAUUUUGUUUUAGCAAUGGAAAACAAGAAAUCACCCCAAGCAUUGUAAUACUUCUGGAGAGUCCUAGAUGUAUUCCAUAAGAAUGCCAUCGAUACUUUCGUUAUCAAUAUGUUCUUUAGAGCUGUGAUCUAGAAAUUAGAGACUAGAGUAUAGACUGAUUAUAAGGUUGAUGAUUUGAAGGAUGAGCUUUGGGAUAUGGCAAAGCCUCAACUACCCUAUUGCAUCACAUUGCAAGAUCUAAUAAAUUGUGGAGUCGGAGAUAUUAUUGUAUCUAUGCUGACAGACGCAAAAGCUUUCUACGAGUAUGAUCAAAGAGAAACCGGUGAGACUGAAGACUUCGAAGAUUGA